AUGUCCAACACCGACUUCCUCGGCCGCGCCAUCGAGCAGGUGCGCAAAGCCAUCGAAGCCGACAACGCCGCCCAGUACGACAAGGCCUACCAGAUGUACUACCAGUCGCUCGAGCUCUUCAUGCUGGCGCUGAAGUGGGAGAAGAACCCGAAAUCCAAGGAGAUGAUCCGGGCCAAGACGGGCGAGUACAUGGACCGCGCUGAGAAGCUCAAAGCGCACCUGGCGGACGCGGACGCCAAGAAGAAGAAGCCCGGGAUGGUGGGCGCGAACGGGGGGUCGACGGGCGGGACGGGCAAAGGGAAAGAGGCCGGCGAGGACGGCGCUAAUGGCGGCGAGGCCCUGGACGAAGAUAGCAAGAAGCUGAGGAGCGCGUUGGCGGGAGCGAUCCUCCAGGAGAGGCCGAAUAUCAGCUGGGAUGAUGUGGCGGGACUGGAGGGUGCGAAGGAGGCGCUCAAAGAGGCGGUUCUGUUGCCCAUUAAGUUCCCGCAUUUGUUCCAGGGGAAGAGGCAGCCGUGGAAGGGAAUCCUGCUGUAUGGCCCGCCGGGAACGGGAAAGAGUUAUUUGGCAAAGGCGGUGGCGACGGAGGCCAAGAGCACGUUCUUUAGCGUGUCAAGCUCGGAUUUGGUGAGCAAGUGGAUGGGUGAGAGUGAACGUCUAGUAAAGCAACUCUUCGCCAUGGCCCGAGAAAACAAGCCCUCCAUCAUCUUCAUCGACGAGAUCGACGCUCUGUGCGGCCCCCGAGGCGAAGGCGAGUCGGAAGCCUCGCGCAGGAUAAAAACCGAGCUUCUGGUUCAGAUGGACGGGGAAGACUUCCGCGAGCUGGCUCGCGCUGCCGAGGGAUACUCGGGGUCCGAUAUCAGUAUCGUGGUGCAGGAUGCGCUGAUGCAGCCGGUGAGGAAGAUUCAGCAGGCUACGCAUUUUAAGAAGGUAAUCCACGAAGGCAAACAAAUGCUCACCCCCUGCUCGCCAGGCGACCCGGAAGCCAUCGAAAUGACGUGGGAGCAAGUACCCUCGGACGAGCUGCUGGAGCCGUUUGUGGACAAGAAGGACUUUAUCAAGGCCAUCAAAGCCAGCAGGCCGACGGUGUCCCAGGAAGACUUGCACAGGAAUGAGGAGUGGACCAAGGAGUUUGGUAGUGAGGGUGCGUAG